AAAAGCAUAUGCUGGUGACUAUGUGACUCGGUUAUGUGAACUCAUACGCUUUCAUCUAACCCAACUUCUUCCCUAUAUAUACUCCCCCCACCCUUCAUUGCUAAAUGGCAGCCAUUAGAGCCUUGACAUCAUCACACUCUUCUCUCACUCUCACUCUUCUUGCAUCUUCAUCCAUUUUCACCAACUUUAGAUCCAUAUCCCAUCUGGAUAUUACUUCAAUCUCAAUCACAAAACCCCUGUUGUCUUGUUCUUCAAGAAACAUACGUAUGGCUCAUGCUGUUGCUAAGGCCACUCUUGGCCUCACUAAUCCUGCCCAAAUUAAUCAUCCCAAGAUCACUUUUGCUGCUAAAGAAACCGAUUUGUUACAAUGGAAAGGAGAUAUCCUUGCAGUAGGUGUAACAGAAAAAGACAUGACAAAAGGCGAAAAUUCAAAAUUCCAAAACCCGAUUUUAGAAAAACUUGAUUCUAAAUUGGGUGGAUUAUUGUCUGAAGUAGCUACUGAGGAAGAUUUCACCGGAAAAGCUGGACAGUCGACCGUCAUUAGAGUUGCAGACCUUGGGCCCAAACGUGUCAGUUUAAUUGGGCUUGGAAAGGCCACAGGCCCAACCACUACCGGCUUCCAUGUUUUCGGUGAGUCUGUUGCAUCAGUUGCAAAGGCGUCACAAGCAAACAAUGUUGCCAUUGCACUUGCUUCUUCCGAAGGCUUAACUUCUGAACUAAAGCUUGCCACUGCUUCCGCAAUAGCAAAAGGCACAUUGUUGGGUAGUUACGAAGAUAACAGAUUCAAAUCCGAGGCCAAGAAGCCGUUUCUCAAGUCUGUUGACUUUUUCGGUCUUGGAACCGGACCCGAGCUAGCAAAGAAAUUUAAGUACACAGAAGAUGUUUGCUCAGGGGUAAUUUUGGGAAAAGAGCUUGUAAAUGCACCUGCUAAUGUUCUCACUCCUGAGGUACUAGCGGCAGAAGCUGAAAAGAUUGCUGCUGCAUAUAGUGAUGUUUUUACGGCAAAGAUUCUGGAUACAGAGCAAUGUAAAGAAUUGAAAAUGGGUUCUUAUCUUGGUGUUGCUGCUGCUUCUACAAAUCCUCCUAAAUUUAUUCAUUUAUGUUAUAAGCCUCCAAGUGGAUCCGUUAAAACCAAGCUGGCUUUAGUGGGAAAGGGGUUGACAUUCGACAGUGGUGGCUACAACAUUAAGACGGGCCCUGGUUGUUCUAUAGAGCUGAUGAAGUUUGACAUGGGUGGUUCAGCAGCGGUGUUAGGCGCUGCAAAAGCCCUUGGUCAAAUUAAACCCUCUGGAGUAGAGGUUCAUUUUAUCGUGGCAGCUUGUGAGAACAUGAUAAGUGGAACUGGUAUGAGACCAGGUGACAUAUUAACGGCCUCAAACGGAAAGACAAUCGAGGUUAACAACACUGAUGCUGAAGGCAGACUUACACUUGCCGAUGCUUUGGUGUAUGCUUGUAAUCAAGGUGUAGACAAGAUAGUUGAUUUGGCAACCUUGACCGGAGCUUGUGUAGUUGCGCUAGGGCCCUCAAUUGCAGGGAUCUUUACACCCAGUGAUGAAUUGUCUAAGGAGGUGGUUGCCGCCUCGGAAGUCGCCGGAGAAAAACUUUGGAGGUUGCCAAUGGAGGAAAGUUAUUGGGAGUCAAUGAAAUCCGGGGUGGCGGAUAUGGUCAACACUGGCGGUCGUCAGGGUGGUUCUAUCACCGCAGCUCUGUUCUUGAAGCAGUUUGUUGAUGAGAAAGUGCAAUGGUUGCAUAUCGACAUGGCUGGGCCCGUUUGGAAUGACAAGAAAAAGGCGGCAACUGGAUUUGCUAUUCCCACUUUGGUGGAAUGGGUUCUGUCCAAUUCAUCGUCUUAAACCCUUUAAGAAGAUCGUAUACUGUUGAUGUGGUGCACACGUGGCAGAUACAAGUUUAGAGGUUUAAAUCUUAGAAGGUGAAGGUGUGGUUGAAUAUUGGGAGAUUGAAUAAAAUAAUGUCUAGAAAGAAAAUGAAACACUUUGUGACUUGAUCUCUUAAUUGAGAAGAAACUAUCUUUGCAAUUUGGAUUAAUAAUUAAAACCCUUAUUAUAUUUAGACAACAAAUUUUACAAUUUCAA